AUGGCGAUGGAUGAGAGAAUAAGGAUGCAGCUAGAUCAACACAAAGCUUACCUUCGUCCAGGUUUGGGACAAGGAACCGGUGGUAGAGGGUUUUUGAAAGGUCCUCGUGUAAACUUGCCUCUGACGAAAACUCCGGAACUUAUCAACUUGAUUGAGAAUUACCUCAACGGAAACAACAAAUGUCCUCCUCAACAGUCAGAGAGCUCAAAUAUAUCAUCAAUUCUUCCUCCGAAGGUUCCUGCAGAGAGACUCAAAGCUAUGAAUUUCCCAAUCUCCCAGAUCACAAUUGGCCAGUGGUUCUACCGUGCAACAAACCCUGACGGUAUUGUGGCGAAACUCUAUUUUGCAAAGAAGAAACUUAUAUGGGAUCAUGAAAAGAAUCUGAAAUUAGUAAAAAAACUAAAAAUCUCUAAAAAUGUUGUAUCAGCUUUUAUUGUAUCAGUUAAUUCACGUGAUGAAACUGGAAUCCUCAAAAUCGAGUUAAAGAAACGUCCAAAAUUCUUCAUAGAGACUAAUCCACAGGCAGGAAAACACACACAAUGGAAACAAAUGGAUCAAGAUUUCACUGAAGAUCAGGCUGCUUCUUGUUUCAGGAUACAUACACUUUAUUUUGAUGCCGGAGUGCUGCAAAAGAACUUGGAGAAGCUUUUGUCCGAUAGCUUCUGGGCCAAACUCCAUGAAGUCUAUUUCCCGGUACAAGAAGCUGUUUUCUUCGACAUUGACUAUGGAAUCAACAAUAACACCAACUCAUCUAGCUACGUCCUAAGCCAGUCACGUCGCUUUAAUGUCAACAGUGACCUUAUACAUCACCCUCCUCAAGGAAUUGGUCGCGUGGGAGUGGGAGAAGGAAACUCUAACGUGGCACCUCGGUACUGGGCUAACAAUGGAAGUCAAAACUCAUAUGGUCAAGCCAAUAGUUGGGUUUACACUGGAAAUGAGUUGUUUGGGACGCAAGCUAUCCGACCACCGGUGUCUUCUCAGUUCAGAAACGGGCAUUAUAACAGGCAAAGUCAUUACAACGGUUCACCGCAGAGUAACCCGUUGACCCAAUACGAGAGUGAAGCAGUGCAAAACACGAGGGGGAUACUUGGGAGUCAAGUAUAUGGACUACCUCCGACACAAACUAACUUGAUGAUGCCUCAACACAUGAACGUAAUCCCAACGUAUCCUCCGGUUGGAACGUAUCUAGCAAGGACAUUGCUUCAAGAAGAGGAGAGACAGCGCAGGGUACACACACGUCUUGAUGAAACCUUUCAGAUCAAAGAUUACCAGAACUGGUCAGUGCUUCCUGAUAUGGGCAAAAAAGAUGAUUCCAACGAUAACAAUAGUUAG